CGCUCCGCCAUGACAGUGACUCACGGGGGAGUGGUGAGGGAGGCACGCCAGCCCGGCCAGCAGAAAGAGACAUCUCAACAAAAAUGGAAGGGCAGAGGCUGGGAACUGGGAGAAACAACCCUUUCAUAGAAACCCUGCUGCCAAGUCUGAUAUGGGCCUCUUUGAAGAAGGACUGCCUCCUCAAGGUUGCUUGCUUCUGCCCAUGCCUGAAACAGAGUACAAGGAGGACCUUCGCAGCUCAGUGUCUGGACAGCAGGACACUAAACCCCAAACACUCACCCCUAGAGAUCCAGCUGCUUUUUUUAAUCCCAAAAUGGUAUUAGCUGGUGCUGUUAAACCUUUAUCCCAUAAAACCAACUCAUUAGUGCAGAGAAAUAACAACACAUUGUCAGGAGAGAAACAAACAUUCAGAAACCAAAUUGACACCCAAACUUUAUCACCCAAUUCCAACCCAACUGAGGCUGAUGUUCCCAAUCAGAAUGAUUCUAAGAGCUCCCUGAUCCACAAGUUGAGGAAGAGGUCUUUGACUCUCCUGACCUUCAGGUCCAAACGGGCACGGAGGAUCGAUGCCACACUGGAACUGGCGUCAGGGAUGGCAUUUGCCAAGCGUCUUCUGAAGUGGCGUCUCAUGCCUGAAGGGUACAGCGCUCACCUGACCCUGAUGGAGCAGCGUCUGGCACUCAGGCAGGCGUUCCGUCGCUGGAGUGAAGUGGUGCCCAUUGACUUCCAGGAGGAUCUCACUGCAUCCAUGUCAGAGAUUGACAUCAAGCUGGGAUUUGGAACAGGCCGUCACUUGGGCUGUCCGCAGGUGUUCGACGGAGCUUGGCAGGAGCUGGCGCACAGCCUGCAGCAUGGGGACAUCCACUUUGAUGACAAUGAGGCCUAUAGCACCUCCGACUCCCACCCAGGGGUCAGCCUGCUCAAGGUGGCGGUUCAUGAGAUAGGCCACGUCCUGGGGCUGCCCCACCUCCUCCGCCCCGGCUCGGUGAUGCACCCCUACUACUCCCCUACUGGCAGCACCGUGGAGCUGGACUCCGAGGACAGGAGGGCUAUUCAGCAGCUGUACGGGGUGUGUGAGGGGCCCUUUGACACUGUUUUUGACUGGGUGUGGAGGAAGACCAAUCAGCAGGGGGAGCCAGUGAUCCGCUUCAACACCUAUUUCUUCAGGAAGGGCUGGUACUGGCUGUAUGAGAAUCGUAAUAACCGCUCGCGCUCCAGGGACCCGCGGGAGGUGCGCUCAGGCUGGCAGGGGAUUCCUGUGGAGAGCAUCGAUGUCUUCAUUCACGUCUGGACUCGCUAUUGCAAUGCUGCAUACUUCUUUAAAGGCACGCAGUACUGGCGCUAUGACAGUGAGAACGACCAGGCUUACACUGAGGACCCACAAGGGCACCGAUACCCCCGCAGGAUCUCACAGGGCUUCCCUGGCAUCAGCGGCCCCGUCGACACAGCUUUCUUCCACAGGCGAGAUCACUGCAUCUACUUCUUCAGAGGACACAUGGUUACAGUGUUCAAUGUCAGCAGUAACCAGAGGCUUGAGGGCUUCCCCAGGCGGAUCCUGGAGGUUUUCCCAGCGAGUGUCCCUGGUGACCACCCCAUUGCACACCUGGACGCUGCAUACUACUCCUACAGCCACCAGGCCCUCUUCUUACUCAAAGGGCUGUUCUUCUGGCAGGUGGCAGGGGCUCAGGACAGAAGCAGGGACCCCUCCCUGCCCCACAACGCCCUGCUGCCCCACAGGAGAGUGGCCGAACAGUGGCGUGAUAUCUGUGACGUCCACUCCAGCAUACUGACCUAUAAAUGAGCAUUGCUUUGAAAAGCGUACAUUAUCAGCCUGAUUUUCAAAAGGGGCAGAGGGAAAAACAGGUCGCAAAACACCUUUGCGACACAGAGAGGUGGCAAAAUCUAUUUUCAAAAGUUGUAUAAGUCAGAGGUGCAAUUGAAUUUUAGGCUUUGCUCUUUUUUGAAAAUACACUUGCAUUACAGCUUGUUAAGCAAAUGAAAUUCAUAAUUGGUUAAAUUUUGCAAAUAACGCCUUGUUUUCAAAAGGUAAAAAACACUGAUGAGCCCACUUUAUACACCAAAAUACACUCGCUAAUUAAGACAUACCCCCUCUCGUGUCUUAUUUAAACUGCGACCGCUGACAGGGCUACUGCACUGUAAUCUACAAUGUAGGAUAUCGAAGCGCGGCCAAUUCUUCAACUGCAGCAUGAGACGGAAGGGAGGGAGAAAAAAUGACCCUACGGUAAACCCAGAAUAUUUCGUCCCCAUCAGACAUUUCUAGAUCUAACUGUGAAACAUGUUAUGCAUAGAUACAAAUUGGAGGCACUAUAACAGAGCAUUGUGAUCUGCUUAAGUCUGAUUUAGAAUCACAAACAGCCCCAGUCACGCCAUGCCUGUACCUGUAAAGGUUACAGUAGCCAUUCAUUUUCAGGCAACGGGUGCCAUCCAGACAACAGCUGGGGAGUGCCCCACCCACUCAAAACCUAUCCAUUCUAAAAAAACGUCUAUUCCCUGAGCUGAAGAAAAAACCUCCGGCCCCUCUGCUUCCAUUGAAUUUCUGCGAAUUAACCUCGACUCCAACUCUUACAAAGCCUCAUUCAUCGUUCAUUUCAUUUUUUACCGGAAGCCCUGCGCUCAAAACAUGAGCGCUUGUCUCUUCUUGGGCAUCUAAACUAUGCAAUGAGAAUCAUUCCGCAGGGUUGUUCUUUCAUUUUCUAUUUGCUGCAGCUCACUUCUUCUGCAAACUCACUUUAGGAUUCCAUUAUCCUAGACUGUUUCUGCUCUGAAUUACUCCUCUGGAAACUCCUCCUAAUCGAGUGGAACGGCAUUACUUUUUUUUUCGACAAUUGCUUGCUUUCCCCCGAAGAUGUUCAGCUUUUUACAGACGCCUCCCCGUCUUACGGCUUCGGAGGCUGUUUCAGAGGAAGAUGGUUUGCAGCUCCUUGGCCCCAGGAGUUUAAUUCUAUGCCCCCAUUUUGAUCAGUCAAUUGCUCUUUUUGAAAUGUAUAUGAUCACUGUAGCUGUUUUUCUGUGGGGCGCCGAAUGGUCAAAAAAGUCCAUAUUAAUUAAUUUAGAUAACUCCGCUGCAGUUCACUUUAUUAAUAAGCGUUGUUCAUCUUCUCCACAAAUUAUGAAAAUUCUACAAACAUGUUCCAGGUCAUUUAAAUAAUAUUGCUGACUCCCUCUCUUGUUUUUGAUUUUUUGAGAUUCAGACUCUUAGCUCCAGAAGCCGAUCCUCUCCCCACUCUGACCCCUACCUAUUCAGAACAUAUUUUUCUGUAAAUCACCCAAUACAUCCCCUCAUCCUUAAAGCCCAGGAAACUUUGCUUCACGGUAUCUCACCACACACCCUUGACUGGUCUAUCUGGUCCUGUUUUAAAAACGUCCACACUACCUUCAAUGUUCCAUUUCCCUCUUACUUCCUUUGAAACAGUCACAAAAAAGUGUCUUCCAUCAAAGUAGGUGCUUCAGCCAUUCAGUUUUUCAUAACCUCGGUGCUCCCAGCCAUAUUCUCACUAACUCUCAACUCUCCUUACUCCUCAAAGGGCUCCAGCGCUCCGAAGCGCCUUCCUCCCUCUUUGGUUUGCCUAUCACGUCAGAUAUUCUUUCUCGUGUAUCUUCAUUCUCAGAGCCGGGUACUUCUCUGCUUCACUCAAUAAAAAUCUCGAAGCUCUUUUUCUACUGGCUGUUUUGGAGUUUUAAGGUGCUCCGAGUUGACAGUCUCUUCUCAUUCCUUCAUUCCCUCUUUCACCCUUGCAUUAACGACCUGUCCAUUCUCUCUUCAGACACAAUUUCUUUUAACAUAAAAAGAAGUAAAACUGACCAAGAAAGCAAAAGCACUCUCGUCUUUUACUUCAAAUUGAAUCCUCACCUAAGUCCCUAUGAAUCCCUUCUCUCCUUCCCCUAUCUCCGAACUAUUCAGGGAGCCUCAAGUAUGGACCCCCCCCCCCUUUUUUUGAACGAAAAGAAAACUAUCGUCACUCGCAACUGGUUUAUUUACCAUCUUCGUCAGAUUCUGACCAGGUGUGGAUUCCCAGCAGACAAAUAUUCAGGCCAUUCAUUCAGAAUCGGAGCAGCCUCUUCAGCUUCCCGCCAAAGAGUCCCCGACCACCUAAUUAAACAGCUAGGGUGGUGGUCGUCCAAGGCAUAUUGGCUAUACAUCAGGACUAACACAGCAGAUCUCAGAAAAGCACUUAAUUCACUCUGGCCCUAGUUUCAGAGCGCCUUUUUUGGUGGGGGAGAGCUGCCUUGCAGCCAAUCAGACCUACAGCUGGUAUCAAUCAGUAAUCCAUCUCACUCUACUCCUUAUCUGCGGCAUUGAGACUUAUCUGGAUAUUAUUUUGGGGGUCUCCUGCCUCGUCUGAUGGCCAGGCAUGAGAUCUUCAAUCCAGAUAGGUGAAAUGCCAAAUUCGUUUUGUUUCAUUCCUCGCAUACUGCAUCAAUAAAAUUUUGUUUUUACCUAA